CCGUCAUCAGCUAGCCCCAAAUCAAAUAAUCAAACCGGCCAUUAUGAAUACAUACAGCUAACAUUGUUAUUAUUUGUCUUUUGUUCAAGUCUUAAAUAUAGACCAAUGAACAAUUGAACGUGAUCGUGACCCAAUUUGCAAAUUUCCCCAUCACAGAAUUUUGGAGAGAAAAAAAAUACAAGGAAGAAAGAAAGUCUUCAACCUCUAUUCAAUUCUCCAAGUGGGAUUUUCAAUCUUCAUUUGAGAUGGCAUCAUUUGCAGGCACUACCCAGAAGUGCACAGCAUGUGAAAAGAAAGUGUAUUGGGUGGAACAACUCACUGCUGACAACAAGGUGUACCACAAAUCUUGCUUCAGAUGUCACCACUGUAAGGGUACCCUCAAGCUGAGUAAUUAUUGUUCCUUUGAGGGUGUCCUAUACUGUAAGCCCCAUUUUGAUCAACUGUUUAAGAUGACCGGCAGCUUGGACAAAAGUUUUGAAGGUAUUCCAAGAAGUGCUAGGGUUGAAAGAUCUGCUGAUCAGGUCCAAAGCAACAACAAGGUUUCAAGAUUAUUCUCUGGAACACAGGAAAAGUGUGUUGGUUGCAAGAAAACAGUGUACCCAAUUGAAAAGGUGGCUGUUGAUGGCAAAUCCUACCACAAGUCUUGUUUCAGGUGCACUCAUGGAGGUUGUGUAAUAAGCCCAUCAAAUUAUGUUGCCCAUGAACAUCGUCUUUAUUGUAGACACCACCAUACUCAGCUCUUCAAGCAGAAGGGCAACUUCAGUCAAUUAGACAAGCAUGACAGUGUCCAAGUCGUCAUCACUGAGAACACAACACAACAUCCGGAUCCGAGUAAUGGCAAUACCGAUACAACUCCAGCUGAGGAAUCUAGUUAAGCAUCAAGUGCCACUGUUACGUACAUUACCAAAUUCUAGUUGUUUUGUUAUGUAUGUUGCAAUAUUUGUGAGGCAAGCUUGUAUCGUGAUCUUUAAUUUUUUUGGAUUUUUUUUUUUGGUUAUUUGGAAUUGAGAAGUAAUUAAUAUGUAUUUUGGUAUUUAUUCUAAUAAAUUA